AAACGAGAUUGUACAUAUGUCCCACUUAAAAAUAGAUCAUUUUCGGAGAUAGCACGAGUACUCACCUAUCGUUUGAUAUCGAGCACUCAAACAAAUCUGGUUGCCGAUUGCCUUAUCAGUAGCCCUGGCCUGCGUCCACCACCGCUGUCAUAAUACGGCAUAUUUUAUUUCCAGAUCUUUAUCUGAGGUCAUUUACACUUUUAUAAGUAUUUUUACUAAAGUGUUUACGAGAUGCAAACUGCCAUCCGUCUCAGACCAUACAGCAAGUAUUGCUGGGGUCACAAGUUCACGCGAACAAUAGGUUUCUUUCCAGUUUGUUAUCGAACGCAUUGUUUUUUUCAUUUCGAACUAUAGUUUGUAUAUUAUUUACCAAUAAAAAUAUAAAAGCAAGCCAGACCUCAGCAAGUCACAGUCACGUUAAUGAGUCGAUACAAAUCGACUCAUUAACGUGGAUUUAAUAAAGCGGAUUUAAUUUACCCAAUAACAAAAUAGCAACAACUGUUUCCGUCGCAGAUCUAGUCGCACUUUGUAAUAUUUUUUAGUCACUUCGGGAAAUCAAUUAGGUACCUACCUAUCGGCGGACGAGCCGCCCAAGUGAGAAUAUCCCGCUAAUACCGAGAGAUGAAUACAUGGAAGACAUUCUGUCGGACUAAUUAUACGGCUUGUCGUAAAGCCAUGAUGAUGUCCUUCAAAUUUAGAUUUGAAUUACAUUAGUGUAAUGAGAAUAAAAGUAUCCAUGUAGUUUAAGCCUUAUUUUUUGUGGCGCUAUUGACGAUAUGACUAAUAUGAACAGAAAAAACAGUGCAUAUGUUUUCAUAAAAGUUUUUUAGACUUGAAAGCAAAAACAUCGUAGAAGCGAAAAGAUGUCGAGCUAAAGCUCCUGAAAGUUGAGAUGCAACUUGUCGACGUCAAGUAUUGCGUUGGCGUUGCGGUUCCCUCAGCAGCGGAGCAGCGUGUUAUCGCAGCAGGCCGGGCCGCCGCAGUCCACUCGCGACGCCCGGCCUCCUCGCACCGCCCGCUCCUCACAGACGACAUGCCAAUACACGAUAGAGAAGGCGGCGGCGGUGCGGCGGCGUGGCUGCGACAGCAGUGGCGCGCGCUCGUGGCAGAGUCGCUGGCCACGGCGCUGCUGGUGCUGCUGGGGCUGGCCUCGCUGGUGUCGCCCGCGCCCGUGCCCCUCACGCACCCCGCCUUCGCCUUCGGGCUCGUCAUCGUGAUGCUGGCGCAAGUGUUCGGGCCCGUGUCCGGCGCGCACAUGAACCCCGCCAUCUCGCUCGCAGCCGUGCUCACCGGCUACAUGGAGAUUCCCGUCGCUUUGGCCUACUUUGUCGCACAGACGAUCGGAGCAUUCAUAGGGUUCAGCGCACUGCUGCUGUUCGUGCCUUCGGACCCGAUGAGCUCGGGCCUAGGGUGCACGGUGCCGACGGUGUCGCCGGCGGCGGCGGCGGCGGUGGAGGGCGUGCUGACGGGGCUGCUGGCGCUGCUGGCGUGCUCGUGCUGGGCCGCGCACGACCCCGCGCGCCCCGACCACACCGCGCCCGUCAAGUUCGGGCUCGGCGUCGCCGGCCUCGUCUACGCUGGGGGUCACAUGACGAAGGCCAGCCUGAACCCGGUGCGCUCGCUCGCGCCCGCCGUCUUCAUGAACGUCUGGACACAUCACUGGGUGUACUGGGUGGGUCCGCUGGGCGGCGCGGCGCUGGCGGCUGUGCUGCACCGCGCGGUGCUGGCACCGCAGCCGGCGCCGGCAGCAGCGCGGGAGGAGCUCCCGCUCAACGACAAGGCCACACCAUGACCGCCGGCCGCCGAACCCCGCGUUCGAUAGCUCUCUAUGACACACAGACACACAUCCAGCUAAGUGCACGCUGCACUCCAUAAUCAAAGAAAAGCAUGAAUCGAUAUUGUCUAGCUAGUGCCUGAAAUAAUUUGGGUAGGUAUUAAUUGUGUAAACAACUUAUAUAUUGUUGUAAUGAAUAUGCGGCAUCGAGGUGGAUGUGUGUCAGUGAUCACCCCGCCUAGAUAUAUCUAUCAUAAACUAUACAUUAUACUAUAAGGUAUAGGGUCCAGACCAAACGAACCUAGCUGUGAUUAAUGGAGCCGCUAGAUAACUAUGAAUUAAUAAGUUUUUUUACAAAAAUGAUAUUUUAAACGUAAGCUUUUAUUUUUGUCAGAGUUAGGUAUAUUAUUGCAUUCAAUGCGAAUGGCAAAAUCAUCAUUUUGGCGAACGAUGAAGUCAUUACCUAAGAGAAGUAGAAAUCAUGUCCGUGCAGUAAAUCGUUGAGGUGUUCUCACGUCUGAAGCCGUUCCUGGGUGCACAAUCAGGUCAUGCAUAUCAUAUUUAUGUAUGAUGAUGUUUAGAUGCUUGUCUGUACUGCUACAUAAUUACUGACAAACAGAAUGUUAGUUAAAUGGCAUACAGAGUUCCCCUUAGAGCGCGGUCUAGUGUAACUCCAAGAUACUUUAGGUUGUUACAGUGCUCAAUGUCAGGCCAUGAAUUGUUAAUUCUUUAGCGUACGCUUAGCCUGAUGAUUGCGAAGCUGAAAUGCACACAAUUGGGUUAUAACCCGGAAUAACGCAUGGGGUACUUAAUAUCCCGAAAUUCCCACGGGAGCGAAGCCCCGGGGCGCAGCUAGUCCUAACUAAUGUUAUAAAUGCAAAAGAAGGUAAGUUUAUUUGUUUUUUACCUCUUCACGCUCCUAUCAUAUCACCCCACGCGCCAAUCUUCUUGAAUUAUUGCAUACAUGUUUAGUUUGAAGUAUGGAGAAGGACAUAGGGCACUUUUCAUCCUGAAAAAUUAACGCGGGUGAAGCCGCGGGUAGUAGCAAGUAGCCUAUAUGUUGCACUGGCUUCUUAGUUAUACAACAAAAAAGUUUCAUUCAAAUCCGUCCAGUAGACCGUCCGAGAUUAGCGUGUACAAGUAAAUAGACGAGACAUUUUUUUAUUCUUAGUCACUAUUACUUUUAUAUUAUAUCAUUUGACGACCUCAGUGGCGCAGUGGGAAAGUGCUUGCCUCUGAACCGAGAGGUCCCGGUCGGGUCAUGAUGGAAAAUGAUCUUUUUUUCUGAUUGGCCCGGGUCUUGGAUG